AUGGGCGGCGUUUCUUCCACGUCGAAUGAUUUGGAACCAGCAAACAUCACUGAGAAAUGGUAUGAGCAAGAAGCUACUGGCGGCUUCCCUCCUGGCCGUACCUCCUGCUGUGCAGUUUCUGCGUCAGAGGAAAAUCGGGCAGCGCUCGCAAAGUUGAUCUUGGCCUUGCCGAAAAGGAAUACGUCGAUUUGGGCAAGGUCCUUCUCGUUCACCCUCCCCUCAUUCAAAUGGAUCACACUCUCACUAUCACCUCUGCAUGAGUCCCAUGCUUGUCACAUUAUCGGGGAACGCCAAACGCUCGUGGUUGGUGGCUCGAUGCUGACACGCCGUCGCUGUGACUCCCUGCAAACCGAACUUCGGCGCAACGGUCUUGGACUUUCGCCAUCACCGAUACAAUGGAAAGACCGCUAUGAUUCAGAUGCUGCACCGUACCAGCGAUCUCAGAUUGUAAAAUCCACUACUCCUCCGGCGGAAUCGAACCAAAAUCCUGGAAAUAGCGCUGCUGUCCAGGCCCUAUUUCAAUAUACGAAAAAAGCUUUAGGCUCCAGAACAAUGACAGUAAUCGAGCUAUAA